AUGCAGGCGCGUAGAACUGAGACUUAUCGGCAUGUUGAUGAAAGACGAGCAGAUGCGGAAAGAAGUCCUGACUAUUCUGGUGUAAUCAACAAAUUCGAGAAGCUAAUUCACUCUUCUGAUACACCUCGUCAUCUUAGCAGUUAUUACUCCGUCAAAUUGGCAAGGUUCCAUUUGAAAACCCGGAAUGAUCGUCGACUGGCUGCUGAAAAGAUCAUACGAAGAGCUUUAGAAAGAGAUCGAGAUAAUAUUCAACUUCUGUUGCAACUCAUCGACCUUGCAUUCACAAACCCGGAAUUCUCGCAGGUAUGCAUCAUUUUCAUUCAGAGGAAGUUGGACUUCCUCGAAGAUCUCUCUUACGAUAUCGAUGUGUUACAAGAGCAUCAAGACGCUCAUGUUGCCUUAUUGGCUGAGAUGGAAAAUCCACCAACCACAACACGAAAGCGAAGGUAUAACGGCAGAGACGAGUCAAGAUAUUUCAAUGACAGAGAUCGCGAUGUGCCUUCUCGAAGAAGCCGAUAUUCGGAUCAUCGCGAUUCCUACCGUGACAGUCACCGCGGAAUGCGCGACGGUACCGGGUACUAUGUGUCAUCAAGCGGGAACCGUUCAUAA